CCGUUAAGUUCAUUUCCUCUAGUGGCAUGACGUAGGUGGGGGAGGAAGAUAGGGAUCGAGUAUGGAACGAGCUGAAGAUGCAACCUUAUAACGGUACCGGCUGAUAGAUAGCUGAACUCUUUGUUCACAUCAAAAAAAGUGGAGGACCCGACGAGACAGACAAAAACACAGACAUGCAGUUCAAAUACAGAAGGCACUGAUUUAUUUUUAUAGGAUAUUUUCCGUGCUCCUUCAAGGGCUGGGUCCGUUAUCGCUGUUGUUGGCGGAACCGGCUGGCCAAGAUGUCUGUGGAAGAACAGGAAUAUCCCGAGGCGACUCUGGUGGCAGAGGCCGGGCCGCAGUGGUUUCGGGCGGAAUUAGAGCGCCUAUCCCGGGAGCUGAGCGAGACGACUCAUGAGAAGAUCCAGGCGGCGGAAUACGGGCUGGCGGUGCUCGAAGAGAAGCAACAGCUCAAACAGCGUUAUGACGAGUUGGAGACCGAGUUCGAGACUGUUCGGCAUGAACUCGACCAACUGAAGGAGGCAUUCGGCCAGGCCUACUCCACCCAUAGGAAGGUGGCUGCAGAUGGGGAGAGCAGGGAGGAGUCACUAAUGCUGGAGUCAGCCAGUAAGGAGGCCCAAUACCAGCAGAUGGUCCUGGAGCUGCAGAACGAGCUGCGGUUGGCCAGGACUGCCCUCACCAGCAACCAAUCAGAGAAUGAGCGCCUGGCCUCCGUUGCCCUGGAGAUGAGAGAGAGUUCUGAGCUGGUGGAGCUGCAGCGCAGCCAACUGCGUGAUGACAUCAGAGAGUAUAAGGUGCGAGAGGCACGCCUGCUGCAGGACUAUAGUGAGCUGGAGGACGAGAACAUCUCCCUGCAGAAACAGGUGUCCCUGCUCCGACAGAGCCAGGUGGAGUUUGAGGGUCUGAAGCAUGAGAUCUGUCGUCUGGAGGAGGACUCCCAGUGCCUCCACAGCCAGUUGGAGGAGGCCAUGCGCCUGCGGGAGAUCGCCGAGCACCAGCUGACCGAGGCUCUGGAGACCAUUAAGACUGAGCGCGAGCAGAAGGCCGCCCUGCGUAAAGAACUGUCCCACUACAUGACCAUUGGGGACAACCUGUUACCGUACCACCACAGCCCCCUGAACAUCUCCCUGGACGGCUUCAAGUUCAGCGAGGAUCCCACUGCUGCCACCAACGAACCCAACAAUGAUGACUCGUUCCAUGGCUAUGAGAACGGCCUGGCUAAGAUGGCUGCAGACUGCAACGAGGAUAACAGAGCCAAGCUCCGGCCCGCCCCCAGCCUAGUGGAUGACCUGCUGAGUGAACUCAACAUCUCAGAGAUCCAGAAACUUAAGCAGCAGCUCAUGCAGGUUGAGCGGGAGAAGGUAGCACUACUUUCCUCCCUGCAGGAGGCCCAGAAGCAGCUAGAGGUGGCCCACGGGACUCUGUCUGAGCAGCAGGAGAUAGUAGGACGUCUCACCGAGAACCUCAGCGCCAUGAGGAAACUCCAGGCCAGCAAGGAGCGCCACUCGGCCCUGGACAGCGAGAAGGAGCGUGACAGCCGUGACGAUGGUGACGGGGACUACUACGAGCUGGACAUCAACGGGCCUGAGAUCCUGCAGUGUAAGUACACAGUGGCUGUGUCCGAGGCCGGGGAGCUCAGACAGGAGCUUAAGACUCUUAAAGCAGAGUACCAGUCAUGCCGGAGCCAGUACGAGGAGGAGCGAGCCCACCUGGAGAGCGACGUGGCAGGGCUGAGCGAGAAGCUAGCUUCCCUGGAGAAGAGCAGCCGGGUGGAGCACGAGGAGAUGGAGCGCCUGGAGAAGGACCUGCGGCGGGUGAGCGAGUCGGCAGGCGAGUCGCAGGGAAGUCUGAACGUGGCGCAGGACGAACUGGUGGUGUUCAGUGAGGAGCUGGCCAACCUCUACAACCACGUGUGCAUGUGCAACAACGAGACGCCCAACCGGGUCAUGCUUGACUACUACAAGGAGGGCAAGGCCAGCGUAGGUGGCGGGGGCGGCCGGGAGGGGAAAGGACGACGUCUGUCCCACGUUCUGCUCUCCAACGGGCUGGUCCCUGAUACUGACCCCAGUAAACCUGAAGCUAAUGACCCAGCCGCCCCAGCCCCAGUCUCAGCCCCAGAAUCCCGCCCAGAGCCUAUGAACAUCUAUAACCUGGUGGCCAUCAUCAGGGACCAGAUCCGUCACCUGCAGCAGGCGGUGGACCGCACCACAGAGCUGUCCCGCCAGAGGAUGGCCACCAUGGAGCUGAGCACCGUGGCUGAUAAGGACAGCGAGGCCUGCAUGGGGGAGAUCCUCAAACUCAAGUCCCUCCUCAGCACCAAGAGGGAGCAGAUCGCCACCCUGAGGACCGUGCUCAAAGCCAACAAACAUACGGCUGAGGUGGCGCUGGCCAACCUGAAGAGUAAAUACGACAACGAGAAGACCAUGGUGAGGGAUACCAUGUUGAAGCUCCGCAACGAGCUGAAGGCUCUGAAAGAAGACGCUGCCACCUUCUCCUCACUACGGGCCAUGUUCGCAACAAGGUGUGAUGAGUACGUAACUCAGCUGGACGAGAUGCAGAGACAGCUGGUUGCGGCGGAGGACGAGAAGAAGACCCUGAACUCCCUGCUCCGCAUGGCCAUCCAGCAGAAGCUGGCCCUGACCCAGCGUCUGGAGGACCUGGAGUUUGAUCAUGAGCAGGCGCGCCGUGGUGGGGUUACAGGAGCAACGACGAGCAGUCGGGGCAAGACCUCCUCGUCGGCGCGGGGCAAAGGGGCCUCAGCCAAUCAUCACUAAUUUAACCAAGCUGUGUCCUUCAAAGGUUGACAGUCAGCUUGCCGAUGAUUACUUCAGUGUCCCCUCCUGGCCUGAGACAAAUGUCAGAGACACGUACUGCUGUAGUGUGAGGACUUUGUUUCUGUGCACACACACACACACACACACACACACACACACACACACACACACACACACACACACUCUUGACCUUUACAGAUGCGUGAAAUCCCCAGGGGUUUGGUGUCUUGGUGUGGCUGCAGGAAACAACAAAGACUCAUGGGUAUGAUGACCAUAGAGAUAUCUAGGUCUAUUUCUAUGGGAAUGACCAUAGAGAUAUCUAGGUAUAUUUCUGUGGGAAUGACCAUAGAGAUAUCUAGGUCUAUUUCUGUGGGCAUGACCAUAGAGAUAUCGAGGUCUAUUUCUGUGGCCAUGACCAUAGAGAUAUCUAGGUCUAUUUCUGUGGGUAUGACCAUAGAGAUAUCUAGGUCUAUUUCUGUGGGUAUGACCAUAGAGAUAUCUAGGUCUAUUUCUGUGGGUAUGACCAUAGAGAUAUCUAGGUCUAUUUCUGUGGGUAUGACCAUAGAGAUAUCUAGGUCUAUUUCUGUGGGUAUGACCAUAGAGAUAUCUAGGUCUAUUUCUGUGGGAAUGACCAUAGAGAUAUCUAGGUAUAUUUCUGUGGGAAUGACCAUAGAGAUAUCUAGGUCUAUUUCUGUGGGCAUGACCAUAGAGAUAUCGAGGUCUAUUUCUGUGGCCAUGACCAUAGAGAUAUCUAGGUCUAUUUCUGUGGGUAUGACCAUAGAGAUAUCUAGGUCUAUUUCUGUGGGUAUGACCAUAGAGAUAUCUAGGUCUAUUUCUGUGGGAAUGACCAUAAAGAUAUCUAGGUAUAUUUCUGUGGGAAUGACCAUAGAGAUAUCUAGGUCUAUUUCUGUGGGUAUGACCAACAGUUUGACCCCCCAUUGUGAUUCAGUCGCUCAUCCCACAUUGUCCACCACUAUACUGGUAUUACUCUGUCUAUGUUUCCCCUGAUGACUGCACACUUUUCAUGUCUUUUUAUUUCUCUUUUUUUGCUUGUAAUUCACACCUCAGUGAAUGUGUGAGGUGUUCAUACACUUUUAAGAAUUGUUACAUGUUUGGUCAUUGGAGCAUUAAUUAGUAAUUUAAAUAUUUGAGCUUUUGUCAUUAUAUAACUGUCAGAUUGAUAACAACAUUUCCAUGGAGAACAAACCAGCAAAGUCAUAGGAACUAACUUGCUCCAGUUUUCUCUGGGGUCAAUAUUCAAUAGGACUCACAAGCUAACAGACAUUCUCUACAAGCACAUAGAUGAACAUCUUAAAUUGGAAUUUGUUUUUCCUCUCUUUUUUUUAAAUCUUGUCACAUAUUGAUAAUGUGCUUAAAAAAAGUUAACCAGUGAGAGCAGGAUGUUCCAGCAGGACAUUCAACCAGUGUGUGCCUAGUGGGUAAUUUCUGGCCUUAGUUUAGACCAGUAGUUUGUUCUGUCCACAAAAGAGAAGCUGGAUUUAAUUUUGACUAGUAGUUUGUUCUGUCCACAAAAGAGAAGCUACAUUUAGAUUUGAAUGUUUUCUAUGUCUUUGAGAAUUGUGGUAAGAGGUUAUGACCCCAGUCAAUAACAGAUUGAGGAAAAUAAUAGGAACUGUGGUGAAUUGUGUGAAGUGAUUCUGCGAUCCUGCAAGCAUGCAGAGUUGCAAAUUUAGGGGCUAUUAUUAUGAUUAUUAUUAAUCGGUAAACCUUGUUUUAAGAGUAAUGAUACCACAGCUGUUAACUUUGGCUGCCUAGUUAAUAGUGGUUCAGAGCGUUUUCGAUGAUGGCCGAGGGAGAGAUUACUAAUGCAAAUACUUAUUUAUACUCUACCUUUGUAUGGCAAAGUUCAGGCGACUAUGGUGGAGACUUUUUGUAUUGUCUGUUUUAAUGCAAUUUUAUGAGCCCUUUUUACAUCCUCUAAAAGUGUUGUUGUGAUUUCAACAAACAGACUAAGUUAAGUCAUGAACACAUCUGCAGUGCCAUUUAAUUUAUUGUUGAUGCAAUAAAAGUUACAUUUGG